CGGCGACUGCAGCCACUUAUAAAAACUUCUGGGCUCUCACUUUUGCUCAGUCUUUGCGCUGCGCGCCUCCUCCGGCCACCUCCGCGACGCUCCCCACCCACCGGCUCGGCCGCCCCAGCCAGAGGCGCCCGGCUCCUGCUCGCCUGGCUCCCGGCCCUGAGAGUGCGCCGCGCCGCGGUCCCUGGGCUCUGCAGCCGCCUUCCCGGACGGGCGGAAGGGACGCGCCCCCGAGCCGCCGCUGCUGCCUGGCCGGUCACUGGACCCGCGGGUGACCGCCAGCAUGGGGCUCUUGCCGGAGCCUGGGGCGCCCCAGCGCAGAGACGCCUCUUCGGGCCGAGUCGGCCGCUGUUCCCGCUCGGUCUUCCACAACAUUAAGGUCUUCGUGCUCUGCCAUGGUCUCCUACAGCUCUGCCAGCUCCUGUACAGUGCCUACUUCAAGAGCAGCCUCACUACCAUUGAGAAGCGCUUCGGCCUCUCCAGUUCUUCCUCUGGUCUCAUUUCCAGUUUGAAUGAGAUCAGCAAUGCCAUCCUUAUCAUCUUUGUCAGCUACUUCGGCAGCCGGGUGCACCGUCCACGGGUGAUUGGCAUUGGGGGCCUCCUCCUGGCUGCAGGUGCCUUCUUCCUCACCCUCCCACACUUCCUUUCAGAGCCUUACCAGUACACCUUGGCCAACGUCGGGAACAGCAGCCACUUCCAGGCUGAGCUCUGUCAGAAGCACGGGCAGGGCCUGCCCUCCCAUAAAUGCCACAGUACCACCCAGGACUUCCGGAAGGAGACCAGCAGCAUGUGGGGCCUGAUGGUGGUUGCCCAGCUGCUGGCCGGCAUUGGGACGGUGCCUAUUCAGCCAUUUGGGAUCUCUUAUGUGGACGACUUUGCAGAGCCCAACAACUCACCCCUGUACAUCUCCAUCCUGUUUGCCAUUGCUGUAUUUGGACCAGCUUUCGGGUACCUGCUGGGCUCUGUCAUGCUACAGAUCUUUGUGGACUACGGCAGGGUGGACACAGCCACAGUUAACUUGAGCCCUGGAGACCCCCGAUGGAUUGGAGCCUGGUGGUUGGGCCUGCUCAUUUCCUCAGCCUUCUUGGUUGUCAUCUCUUUCCCCUUUUUUUUCUUUCCCCGAACAAUGUCCAGAGGAGUAGAGAGCUCUGCUUCCGUGGCAGAUGAGACAAGGAAGAUAGAAGAGGCCAAGUCAAGAGGCUCCCUGGUGGAUUUCAUUAAACGGUUCCCCCGCAUCUUCCUAAGGCUUCUGAUGAACCCACUUUUCAUGCUGGUGGUCCUGGCCCAGUGCACCUUCUCUUCCGUCAUUGCCGGUCUCUCCACGUUCCUUAACAAGUUCCUGGAGAAGCAGUAUGGCGCCUCCGCGGCCUAUGCCAACUUUCUCAUCGGUGCUGUGAACCUUCCUGCUGCGGCCUUGGGGAUGCUGUUUGGAGGGAUCCUCAUGAAGCGUUUUGUCUUCUCCCUGCAAACCAUCCCCCGUGUGGCUGCCACCAUCAUCAUCAUCUCCAUUAUCCUCUCUACCCCUCUCUUCUUCAUGGGAUGCUCCACUCCAACCGUGGCAGAGGUCUAUCCCCCCAGCACAUCAAGUUCUAUACAUCCGCAGUUUCCUGCCUGCCGCAGGAACUGCUCGUGCCCAAAAACUAUCUUCCACCCCGUCUGCGGAGAAAAUGGAAUCGAGUACCUCUCCCCUUGCCAUGCCGGCUGCAGCCAAAUCAACAUCAGUUCUAUGGCCUCCAAACAAAUGAUCUAUUUGAACUGCAGCUGUGUGACUGAAGGAUCCAGUUCUGCAAAGACGGGGUCGUGCCCCAUCUCCUGUGCCCACUUCCUGCUCCCAUCCAUCUUCCUCAUCUCCUUUGUAGCCCUGAUAGCCUGCAUUUCCCACAACCCCCUCUACAUGAUGGUUCUGCGGGUGGUGAACCAGGAAGAGAAGUCGUUUGCCAUCGGGGUACAGUUCUUGCUGAUGCGCCUGCUGGCCUGGCUGCCAUCUCCAGCCCUGUACGGCCUCACCAUCGACUACUCCUGUAUCCAGUGGAGCUCGCAGUGUUCGGGGAGGCGAGGCGCCUGCGCCUACUAUGACAACGAUGCACUCCGAGACAGAUACCUGGGCCUGCAGGUGGGCUACAAGGUACUGGGCUUGCUGCUGCUCUUCGUCACCAGCUGGAGAGUGAAGAAAAACAAGGAAUACAAUGUGCAGGAGAAGGCUACGGGCCUCAUCUGAUGCUGGGUCUCAGGCUGCCGCUCUGCCCCAGAGAGUGGACCCUGCCCCCUCCCCCACCUGCCUGUAUUUACUAAUGUUAACAAGUUAUUUCCUUUUCGUUCUUUUAAAGUAAGAAAGAAAACCCCAACCAUCAUUUGCCUUCCCUGCCAUCUCGUCCUCCCAAAGUUCCUCCUCCAUGGCUCCUUAGGGCUGCAGUGUACCCCGGUGGGCGGUGGGGGGAGGUAGUAGGCAUACAGCUGGAGGGUCAGGUCUUCCCUAGAUCCUUGGGAGGGGCCCUCACAUGCCCAGGCUAUCCCCACUGCUGGGUCCCCCUACUUGGAUGCCCAUUAAGGUCGCUCUUGCCCCUCACCAGCCCCUAAGUGGGUAGGGGAAAGGGGAUAUCUGCCCUUCUUGUCCUCUAGCUGCCCAACUGCUAUGGAGAAGCAGAGGUGAGAGGAAGAAGGGAGUGGGCUGAGUCAUUAAUGGCCCAGAGCCAGGCCAGGGGAAGGAGCACUGGAGCCUGGCUGUAGCCUCUCUUCAAGCUGGGUUAGACAUCAUCUUGGGACCCAGGUGAGGCUAGCUCCUUUCCCCCUCAGACCAUUGCUUCCUGCCCCUAGAGGCCAUUUUGGAGGCUGCCAUGUUGAAAGUACUGCCAGCUAGUUCCCUCUCAGUCACCCACACUCAGGCACCAGAGCAGGGACUAAGAAACUCCAAGAAUGGCCCAUCCAAAUGCUGUUCGCGUUAGCCUUAGCCCUUUUUAUACUUGUAUUUGCAUAUGUUUUUCUCUGUGUUUCUGGGAGAGUGCAUUUCAAACUGAGGAAACCACACCAUGAUGAAGACCUGAAGCAAGGCUGUGGGAUGGUGGUGGUGCUCAAACUCCCACCCUCCCAGAGUAGGGACAAGACCCCUCAUCUCAGAGUAAUGAGAAGACUCUCCUUAAGUUUCUCUGGAGCACAUGAAGUAGAUUCACAUGGUUUUUCCUGUCUGGACUUCAGCCUGUCUGCCAAGAAGUUGUAAAGAGAAGCAGUAGGAAAUGUCAGCAAAGCAACUGAUGAAGCUGAGUGAAUGCUAACUGCCACCAUGCUAUGUAGCUAGCUGUGGCCCAAAUUGGAGACAGGCAAGAUCGACUUUCUGGCUUCAGACAUGCUUAUGUUCAUCAACAUUUUCUCAGCCUCUUCUCACUUCCUCCAGGGAGGUGGGUGCCCUCUGUGAGCCUGGCAUGGGUUGAGAGACCCCGCUGCUACGUGGUAGACACUCAGAGUUAGAAGCCAAUGAAAGAGGCUUCUCAUUAACAAACACUGUAUUUACUGGAGACCAACUUUGUUGUGCAAGGCAGUGCACGGACAUCUCCCUAGUACAUAGUUCUCCACAGAUCUUACCUCACCUACCUUCUGCUACCCUAGAACCUCCUCCCAGAGAGUGCUCAGUGAGCAGUGUUUGGGGGGGAGGCACAGCAGGAACUCAAAGAUUGUCAACAAGGAUCCUAACCAUCCAUGGCUCCACCAGACUGACCUUGCGCCUGACCCUUUGCUGGGCAGGGUCCUGGUAUACCAUGUCCUCUGGAGCAACUGGUCAUCUGUCCUUUGCCAUACAAGGACCUUGAGUGCCACUCCUCUGGGAAGAGCACUCCAGGAACAUACUUCCUUGUGCCACCUCCCAAGAAGGCCUCAUAUGGCAAUAAGUCAAAAAAAAAAUUAUGCCAAUGCCCAAACUGCCUUGAGACUGAAGUCUUCGUGGAAACUACUGUUACAGACAGCCUUAUUUCCAAAGAUCUCACGCAGGAAGGGAGGCUCUCUGCAACCUCAGGGGCCAGAUUCAGCAUUUACAAUGGUUCUGCUUGAAAAAUGAUUUCCUGCAACUAACCCUGGCCCUUCUCACAGUGAUUUAACCAAUUUCUGGAGGCUUUGCCUUCAACUGAGUUCACGAACAGUGAGUGAGUGCCGACCUUCAGAUUCUGGAAGACUGGUUUCCUUCUGAAACCUUUACCCUAUUAUAACUAUUGCUGUUAAUAUAUUAUAAUUUUACUAUUGAUGUAACUUG